AUGUUUCACCAGGCUAGACAUUUGUGGACAGCGGUCGCCACGUCGGUAUUUCUUGUGUUGGCUCUUGGGUAUACGUACCUGGUUCUUACGGCAUCGGAAAGAACGCUACCGCCAAUUGCUACACAAAGAGCUAUCAAGGCUGAUGAGAGCGAGCGAUGGAUCUUUGUCGGGGAUGUGCAUGGGAUGUAUGAUGAGUUCCAGGAGCUGAUGCAUCGGGUGGACGCCGAAAAACCUAACACAAACGUGGUUUUGCUCGGGGAUUUCAUAGCGAAAGGACCACAGUCCAGCGAAAUGGUGCAAUAUCUACUAAGGAACCAAAACACAACGCAGUGUGUGUUGGGAAACCACGAGAUCAACGUUUUGUUUGCGUUCUUGAACCAAAGGGGCUUGAAGCGGAAGUUGUCGAAUCGUAGGACACACUGGGACCCAGUGGUGUUUAGUACAGAAGACUACAUACCACCACAUGAUCAGGUAAACAACAAGCACAAGAAGGUAGCCCAUGAGUUAGGAGGCGCGAACCUGGCCUCCUUGGCGUCGUUGUGCUCUGCUGAGCUUCAAAUCCACCUAGAGGCCACAAACCAAACACUACUGGCUGUUCAUGCAGGAAUAGCGCCAAAUUAUCAGGAUUAUCCAUAUCCCAAGGUAAAAGACAUUACAACAAUGAAAUACAUGCUCCCUAAAGACCACACCAAAACCUCUAAAUACAAAUUCAAAAACUCUAGCCGCUGGUACAAACUAUGGGAUCGCGAAUCCGCACCCGAGGGCGUGACUGUGCUGUAUGGUCAUGACGCGGGUAGAGGCUUGAAUCUUCGCAAAAUGACAAAAGGUUUGGAUUCGGGCUGUGUUGGAGGCGGCAAACUUACCGCGCUGGAAUAUGUGUAUGCGGACGGGAAAUAUCAUGAGUAUUUGCACCACGUCAACUGCAGAGAAUUUGUGUGA